CUGCUGUAGCGUUGCUGGGCAAAGCAAAGUUGGGACGCUGGGCCUAAGCCGAAGCCAGGAGGCGUGUUGUUAUUGUUAUUAUUGCUACUGUUAUUCGCUCGUCCCGUACUGCGCCAAUGGGGCUGGAAAUGGACCCGCUGCUUCAUGCCUUAAGUUACUUCAGGCGGAGGAAGUUCCAGCUCUGCUCGGAUCUUUGCUCCCAGUUGCUGGAAAAGGAACCCGGCGACCAGGCUGCUUGGUGUUUGAAAAUAAGAGCAUUAACUGAAAUGGUUUAUGUGGAUGAAAUUGAUGUGGAUCAGGAAGGCAUUGCUGAGAUGAUGCUUGAUGAAAACGCAAUCGCUCAAGUUGCACGACCUGGUACUUCGCUGAAAAUCCCUGGAACUGGCCAGGGUGGAGGUCCUAGCCAGGCUGUCAGGCCAGUGACGCAGGCGGGGAGGCCCCUUACAGGAUUUGUACGACCCAGCACACAGGGUGGACGUCCAGGUACUAUUGAACAGGCCAUAAAAACUCCAAGAACUGCUCACACUGCCCGUCCAAUGACUAGUGCUUCAGGGAGAUAUGUCAGACUUGGAACGGCCUCUAUGCUCACAAAUCCUGAUGGCCCCUUCAUAAAUGUGUCUAAACUGAACUUAAAUAAUUAUGCUCAGAAACCAAAGUUGGCAAAGGCGUUGUUUGAAUACAUUUUUCAUCAUGAGAAUGAUGUUAAGAAUGCUUUAGAUUUGGCAGCGUAUGCCACACAGCACGCCCAAUUCAAGGACUGGUGGUGGAAAGUGCAAAUUGGGAAGUGUUAUUACAGGCUGGGACUAUAUCGUGAAGCAGAAACGCAAUUUAAAUCUGCUCUCAGACAACAGGAUAUGGUAGAUACGGUACUCUAUUUGGCAAAAGUGUAUUCCCGUUUGGACCAGCCUUUGACAGCUUUAAAUGUUUUCAAGCAAGGAUUAGAUCGGUUUCCUGGAGAGGUCUCCCUCAUAUGUGGUAUUGCCAGAAUCCAUGAGGAAAUGAACAACAUUUCUGCAGCUGCAGAAUACUACAAAGAAGUCUUAAAACAGGACAAUACUCAUGUGGAAGCCAUUGCAUGCAUUGGAAGUAAUCACUUUUAUUCUGACCAGCCUGAGAUAGCAUUGCGGUUUUAUAGACGGCUCCUGCAGAUGGGCAUUUAUAACAGCCAGCUCUUUAACAACUUGGGUCUCUGUUGUUUCUACGCCCAGCAAUAUGACCUAAUUCUCAGCUCCUUUGAACGUGCACUCUCUCUAGCUGAAAGUGAGGAAGAGGUUGCAGAUGUGUGGUACAAUUUGGGACAUGUAGCCGUGGGAAUAGGGGAUAUAAAUUUGGCUCACCAGUGUUUGAAACUGACCUUGGCCAACAACAAUGACCAUGCAGAAGCUUAUAAUAACUUGGCUGUGCUGGAGAUGCAAAAAGGUCGCAUCGAGCAGGCAAGAGUGUUUCUGCAGACGGCUUCAUUGAUCGCACCUCACAUGUAUGAGCCACACUUCAAUUUUGCCGUACUGUCUGAUAAGGUUGGAGAUCUCCAAAGGAGUUAUAUAGCAGCUCAGAAGUCUGAAGAAGCCUUUCCAGAACAUGUGGAUACGCAGCAACUUAUCAAGCAGUUAAAACAGCACUUUGCCAGACUUUGAUGAAACACUUGCCAUUGAAAAAUAUCUGUUUUCCUUCAAUGCUGCUAACUAGUACAGAUUUACACAGGGGAAGAGUUAAUACCCAAUUCUCAGAAUAUUUUUUUUAUAGGAGAGCAUUGACAGUGCUGACUAGAGGCAGGUUGAAGCUUGUUACCCUUCUGAACUGGGUAAGAGUUGCUUCUUUAAGCAGAAGGGGCUUUAAAGGAGAUAGGGUAUGUCUACACCAUGGUUUUUUUCCGGGGUCAUCCCUGGAUUGUCCCUGUGCACCCAAAUGAUGCACAGGGGAUCCAGGGGGCAGACAGGGAUGAGCCCUCCAUUUUCCCAGGAUAACUUGUUACCCAGUAAUCCCGAUUAUCUCUGCUAUCCCGGGUCCUGAAACGGGCACGGAACUGUGUGAGGUGGCUCCGUGCCCAUGCCCCCCCCCCCA